CAGAUAAAAAAAAAAAGAAACGGCCGAACCUCUCUCUCUCGUAGGAUGAUAAGCUCAACGGCCGCCUAAACUCCGACGACACUCUCGAGAGGAAUAAGAAGAGAGAGAGAGAUGGAUGAUAGAGGAGGCUCGUUCGUGGCGGUGAGGCGGAUUUCACAAGGACUAGAACGAGGAAACGUUUACCAUUCUUCUUCUUCUUCUUCUUCCUCUGCUGAGGCUGUGGCUGGAUCGGCAGCAUGGUUAGGGCGUGGCCUUUCCUGUGUUUGUGUUCAGGGAAGUCAUGGCGACGCCCGUCCUUCCUUUGAUCUAACACCUUCUCAGGAGGAAUGCUUGCAGAGGUUGCAGAGCCGCAUGGAUGUGGCAUAUGACAGCUCUAUUCCUCAGCAUCAGGAAGCUCUGAAGGAUCUUUGGAAACUAGCCUUUCCUGAAGAAGAGCUACACGGGAUUGUAUCUGAGCAGUGGAAGGAAAUGGGCUGGCAGGGAAAAGACCCAUCAACUGAUUUUAGGGGUGGUGGUUUCAUAUCUCUUGAAAACUUACUAUACUUCGCCAGGAGUUUCCCGAAAUCCUUCCAAGACCUUCUGCGGAAGCAGGUUGGCGAUCGCUCUGUGUGGGAAUACCCGUUUGCUGUUGCUGGCAUCAAUAUUACGUUCAUGCUUAUCCAGAUGCUUGGCCUUGAAGCAGUGAAACCACGAAGUAUUGUUGGCGAAACAUUUUUGAGAUUCCUUUCUGUGAAUGAAUAUGCGUUUGACCUUCUUUAUUGCAUUGCCUUCAAGCUAAUGGAUCAGCAAUGGCUCUCCAUGCAUGCUUCAUACAUGGAAUUUAACACGGUAAUGAAAUCGACAAGGCGGCAAUUGGAGAGAGAGAUAAUGGUUAAAGACAUAACAGGUAUUGAAGAUAUGCCAUCAUACAGCCUUCUCAGUCAAUAGCAAACAGCUUACGAGAGACUACUUUGUAAGUAGAAAGAUCAAACAUCUCAAGAAGACAAGGUCUCUCUCUCUCUUUCUCUCUAACAUUGUGUUGUUAUUUCUUUGAGAUAGAAGUUGAGGUUUCGUUUCGUUAUGGGAUUAGUUUUUUUUCUAACUUGUGGUUCUUUGUAUAAACGCUGUUUGGUUAGUUCGUUUUUGGGCUGAUAUUAAUAAUAAUCACUUGGUUAUAAUA